UGACUUUUUAAAAAGUUGUGCCGAUGAGCUGUUUCUGAUCUCCACGGAGCAGAUCACAGGAGGGGGGACAUUAUUUAUGACUUAAAUGGCGGAAGAACUGUUACCGGAAAAUGUUGCAAGAUUCAGCGGGCAUCUUACACCGUCUCUGCUGGCGGUAGCUUUCCUGUCCUCCUUUGGCAGCUCCAUGCUCUAUGGCUACAAUUUGGCAGUCGUCAACUCACCUUCAGAGUACAUCAAAGCCUUCUACAAUGAGACGUUAAUAGAGCAACACGACUGGAUUCCAGAUGAAUAUUUUCUCACUAUCCUGUACUCCGUCACUGUGUCCAUCUUUGCCAUCGGUGGGAUGAUCGGGGCGCUACUGGUGGGUCGACUCGUUACCAAAUAUGGGAGGAAAGGGACGCUGGUGAGGUCCAGCGUGUUGGUGUUUAUAGGCGGAUCGUUGAUGGGCUUCAGCAGAUGGUUCAGAAGUCCUGCAAUGGUCAUUGGUGGACGCUUCAUCACAGGAGUACACUCGGGGAUCUCUCUCAGCGUGGUGCCGAUGUACCUCGGUGAGAUUGCCCCCAAGAACGUGCGAGGCUUCCUCGGCCUUGUUCCCAGCAUCCACAUUUGUCUUGGAGUCUUCAUAGCUCAGAUCCUGGGGCUCUCUGAGCUGCUGGGAAAGGAAGAGUAUUGGCCUCUGCUCCUCUCCCUUGUCGUGUUUCCUACUAUGAUCCAGGUGCUAUUCCUGCCAUGGUUCCCAGAGAGUCCACGAUAUCUGCUGAUUGAUAAAGGAAACGUGCAUGCUACCAUUGCAGCCCUGAAGUGGUUUCGUAAAAAAGGAAAUAUCCAAGUUGAGGUUGAUGAGAUCCAGGAGGAGCAACGCUCACUGUCCUCCGUCCAGACCCUCUCUGUCCACCGUCUGUUCAUGGACCGCUCCGUCCGGUGGCAGGUCAUCACUAUCGUAGUGGUCAACAUCGGCAUGCAGUUGUCUGGGAUUGACGCAAUCUGGUUCUACACAAAUGAAAUAUUUAGGGACGCAGGAAUCCCAGAACCACAUAUCCAGUACACAACAGUGGGAACUGGAGCCAUUGAGGUCAUUGCAGGGAUGCUGGGGUGUUUCACCAUCGAGCGCCUGGGCAGGAGACCUCUGAUAAUAGGCGGCUUCCUGUUCAUGGGAAUCUGCUGUGCAGGGAUCACUGUGUCUGUCCUCCAUCAGGAACAGUUUCCCUUCAUGAGCUACAUCAGUGUGGGCUGUGUUGUUGGUAUUAUUGCUGGCUUCUGCAUAGGUCCAGCUGGCGUGCCGUUCCUGAUCACUGCAGAGCUGUUUAAACAGUCUCAUCGACCGGCUGCCUACACCGUGGCAGGCUGCCUCAACUGGAUGUCCAACUUCACCAUUGGCUUUGUUUUUCCCUUCCUAGAGGAAGCCACGGGUCCUUACUGUUACCUGAUCUUCUGUGUGAUCUGCUUGGCAGUGGCUGUCUACGCCAUCUUUAUCAUUCCUGAGACCAAAAGGAAAACCUUUCUGGAGAUCAGCCAGAUGUUUGCCGCUAGGAACAACAUCCCUAAUGAAGAGUUGGCUGCCAACAAUCAUGUCAAAAUGUCUCUAAUGAAUGGCUAUGGAACCCUUGGCGUCCAUAAUUGAAAAUAGCAUGCUGACGAUGGGGAAGGUAUAGAAGGGCAAACUUUGGCCAUGAGGUCUACUGGUUCACUUGAAAAAUCCAAUACAAACCAUGAUACUCACACAAUGAAAUAUGGGCAUAUGUGAGACACCUGUCCUUGUCUGGACACACGUCAUUCUCUGUAAGUGUACAUUAUUUGAGACUGAAGUCACAUAAUCAUGUACUUUGUAAUCAACCAUCAGCCACAUUUCAUCCAUUUCCUGCAGUCUGGAAGCACUUUUGUGGGAACAAAGAUGGUUUCUCACACUUCUUUCAGAGGCGUCAGCCUCUGUGACAGAUUGGACACCCAUUCAUCACUGCGUUUAGUGUUAACAGACCUUUUUCUUCAACAACUUCGGAAUGAACAUUUAUUAGGUGACAGGAAUAACACAUCUUAGGCGGGCCUUUCAUUCAUGUUACUGCAGUACAUCCCGAAAAAAGAACUCACCAGACUUCAUGUGUAAUUUACAAACUAUUUACCUUUUAUCAUAAGGUAUGUUUACGCUCUUGAGCUUACGGUAAACAGGUCUGUUUGUUUUUUACCUCCUUUUCUGUCCCUUUGCUCAAUGAUUUAUAGUCUCUUUUUAAUUAAGAGAGCUGGGUACUAUAAAUACUGUAGCAGUCAUUCAUCCAUCUUUUCCAAAUGUUUGUACAUUUUUACACUCAUUUAAAAAGAGAACCUUUUUACGCAGAUAUUAUACUAUGACAUGGCAACAACAUAGUAUCUUGUUAUUUCACCAUUGUUUGCCUUUCCCUGUUUUUACUGAUCACAUGGAGGCAGCAUAAUGCUGCUACCAGUGCUUUAAAAUUGGACCUCAGGUUGUGCUAGCUUACGAACAGAUUCACGAUGAUAGCCGACAGCCGACAGCCCCACCACGGAUGGGCAGUGUGAGAAAGUAUAAUUAAUAUCCUCAAUGGACAUGGAUGCUCACUUUUUCAACAUAUUUAUAUGCUGCAAUACUUAAUCAUUUUAAUCAAUACACUUAAUGAUGAUGAAACCGUAAUAGAUGAGAUGCCAAUGAUAAGAACCUUAUUAAGGGUUAAAAGGAACCCUGGUUAUUAAGACUUGUAGUCCCUAAUUAGCCACAAUUGUUCUCUUAUACUAAAAUAUGUUGUUAGAAACACAUAAAAUAAUCUAAUUGCUUUAAAAAUCUACAAUGUUUAUCACAUAUUUUGACCUGCGGGAGGCGCCAUGUUUUACCUGCGCAAUGCAUUCUGGGGGCGAUGACGUACGACGGUGGCUCUGGGAAGAUAAGCCGCGUUAGUUUAACUGGGACAGGUAUCUAAAACAUAGAUGAGCAGCUCUCUCCCGGCCGUGGAGGCUGACGAGGGAGCCCAUAAGACGUCUCGGUUCAGGCAAACUGGAUCAAAGUUCUGUGAUGCACGGGAGAUCUGCAAAAAUGAUCAAUGUCGUGCGCAUCUUACCAGUGCAUUAGGCUCCUGCGUAGACGGCGUAGCCUACAGCGUUUUUUUUUUUUUUUUAACUUUUUUGUAGGUGCGCCGUCACCUUAAUGUUUAGCUGUGUUUUGAUCUGUGUUUCUGGUGCGCCGUCACCUGUUUAGCUGUGUUUUCAUCUGUUUCUGGGUGUCAAAACAGUGGACGGGGGUUAGCAGUGGCCACCGUCUGACGUCACUACCCAGAAUGUAAACAACAAUGGCGACCUACGAGUUAAAUUAUAUUUUCAAAUUUUAUAAAAACGAAGACAUCAAAAAGGUUUUUAUAUGACAUUGUUAUAAUUGAUACCAACAUUUAUCUUUUAAGACCUACAUGUCUUAAUAGCCAGGGUUCCUUUUAAGAACUCUUAUUUAAAAGUCUGACAUCAAGGAGCUGGUGUUGUUAAAAUCAUGAUGGCAGUAUCUCAAAAGCCUAACCCCAAGGGCAGUACGGAAGAAGAUUUAAAUAGAUUUCCAAUUCACUUGAAACAUUACCACAUUAGAGAAACAUCACAUGCCGUAAAGUUUCAUCAACUUCCAAGCCAAGACAACCACAAAAAUCCAGCCAACAGAUGUCUGAUGUAACAAGGUCUCAAAGAAUCCAAACGUUCAGCUCAUGACCUUCCAGUAACUGCACGUGCUGGUGUCAGAGCUCAUCCACACAAGAAGCGCAGUCAAUAAUGUGUCAUUGCAUGGCUGCCUGCAUGUCUUUCAACCGGACAGUGAUCCUCAGAGUUCUGCCAAAUUAACAGUGACUCAAAAACAAGAAGUGGAUAUAGGAAGUUUGAGUUGAAGCCAGAUUUGAACCCCACUGAAAUGAAUGUGCUAGGAAAUGUUCAAAUGUCUUGAACCUGUAAGAAUACUAUUUAUUUGAAAUGGAGGUCAACAUUUUCUUCUGGAAAAUGUCCACAAUGUCAGAGAUAGUAGACGAUCCUGUGAAAGUUAUGAGAAGUUGUCUCUGGUCUGCAAUCAAAGUCUCUUUGCUUUUGAAAAAAAACGAGAAAUAAAUCUUUGGCAAUUUAUUUUUUGUUGUUCAAGAAAGGGUUAAAAUAUUGAAUUUACCUUGCGGUGUUAUUCAAGUCCAACAACUAUAUCUUUUGUUUUUCCUCACAUUUGUCUUUGUCAGAGAAAAUACAACAUUUUCUGAAUCAAACAUUUUUGAAAAGUGUAAAAACCCCAACUUCUCCAACUUUUGCGUGACUGUAUGCAAAAAGUUAUAAUUUAAUAAUAAAUCACAUCAAA